ACACACACUUCAGAAACAUCCUCUUGCAGUCCACCUGAAUCCUCUUGCCUUGACAACAUGUGUUGUAUUAUGGCAUCCUGUGGCUAUGGCUGUGGAAACGGCUAUAGCUGUGGGUUCAGCCCCUAUUAUGGCUGUGGAUAUGGAAGUAGAUACAGUUGUGGAUAUGGCUCAGGAUACGGCUGUGGAUACGGUUCAGGAUACGGCUGUGGAUAUGGGACAGGAUAUGGCUGUGGAUUUAGGCCCUAUUAUGGCUGUGGCUAUGGAACCAGAUAUGGCUGUGGAUACGGCUCAAGCUAUAGCAGCCACUGGCCAGUUUGCUACAGGAGAUGUUAUUCUUUCUGUUAGAACAUCACCGUCUUAGCCUAGUCUGCUUCUGAAAUGAGGAAUCUAAAGAUAAUACUGCUUUGAGGAUCAGUAACCCAGGAUUUCUACUUGCAAGAAAUUACAUGCCUGACAGAGACUUUUUCUCCAACUACCCACGUUUAGAACGACGUCCUGAAGUCUGAGGUUCUAUGGUGAUAACAUCAGACUCUUCCAAAUGUUAGCCUUUACUCCCUUAAUCUCUGAGUCUCUUAUGACUGUGUUAAUGAUCCUAACAUUCUAUAGCAUGGAAAACCCUUUAUUCUCAAUAAAAAUCACUCAUUCCUUCUAA